AUGAUUCUACCUAGGCUUGCUAUGUGGAUCAUUUUAAAUACAAAUGAUGAUCGAAAUGGUAGAGUCAUUUAUAACACUAAACCAAUACCUGGUGCAACAUUGAAAUACUUUGAUGCCACACCUGAUGAAAAUGCACUUUGGCAUUUUGAAUUAAAUGUUGUAGACGGAAAGGAAUACUAUAAGAUUCGUAACCAUGCCACUAAUUUAUACAUGCAAACAGUAAUCCCUUAUCAAGAAGGAGAAUCUCAAUAUACUCAAAACGCCUACGAAAAAGAUGCUUCAUUAUACGAGGUUAUUCCAUUAUAUCAGGAUGACUCAUAUAUCAUCGUUCACAAGGAUGGAUUGCCACUUUGGUGUUAUGAAGAAGAACGUGGUGUUGUUUUGAACAAAGAUGAUAGAACAUUCAAAGGUGGAUCAACAUUUAAGCUUGCUAUUGCAACAAAGCAAGAUUUUGCUGAUAUUGCACAGCAGAAAGCUGAUGAAGCCACAUACACAGAUGUCUGGGGUGAUGAAUUCGACAAGGAUGGCACACCAGAUCCAACAAAGUGGGAUUAUGAGCAUGGUUUCGUCAGAAACCAGGAAAUGGAAUGGUAUCAACCAGAAAACACUUAUGUUGCCAACGGCUCUUUGAUCAUUGAAGGCCGCAAGGAGCAUGACUUACCAAACCCAUGGUAUGAUCCAAACGAAAAGGUUGAUUACAGAAAGAUGAGAAAAUGGAUUAAUUAUACUUCAUCUUCUGUUAUCACAGAUAAGAAGAAGGAUUGGUUGUAUGGACGCUUCUUAGUCAAAGGAAAGAUCCCAGUUUCUGGCGGCUCAUGGCGAAUGGCCAUCAACAGGCGAAGUCGACCUCCUCGAGUACUACACUGA